CAGCUCCCGAGACGACCAGGUUUUGAUGAUGCUGCAGUUUGCAGUCAGACCUGUUAUCUGGUGGCUGGUGGUCGAGGUGAUGGUUGCGGGUACAUCACUGGUUACAACAACGCAUGACAAGGUUGAAGGAGUUAAUUCUGAAACAGGGAGCAUCAUUUCCGCUGAUACUCGCCUUUGUGUGGACUGUCAUACAUUUGAGUUUAUGGAACGUGCCGUGCAGGAUUUGUACAAAGCUGCGUAUUCCCUAGACUCUCAGACAAACACACUUUUCUUAAGGACUGAGGAUCGUGGUUUGUGCAGGUGUUCUGUAUAAAGCUGAGAGAUGUGUAUACCAGCAAUGCCAAUAUGGAACAAAGAUUUACAUAAAGCAUCAAACGUUAAAAUUUUUAGAUAGAGACUGUAUUAUACUCUCUCGAACCAGAUAAAAUCUG